CCGGCCGCGCGCAGCCGUCAGCUCGGUCCGGUUCGUCGGGGUCCGCGGGCCGGGACCUGCGGCUGCGGGCGGAAGCCCAGCCUCACGCGCAGACUGACAGCCCUGGCGGUGCUGGGCUGGCCUUGCGGCGCGGGCCUUGCUGUUGCCCUGCGGAGCUUGAGUGAGGACAGGGAUUUAGCUCUAAGGCUUUCUUCUGCUUUUAGAUGGUUUCCAGCAGAUACUGCACAGUGAUGAUACCGAUUUCUCCCCCCCUUUUAUUAAUAUUGACGCGGUUUGGGUGUUUAGCUUUUGCAAGGAAUGGGAAAUUCGGGAUGGGGAUUUGGGGGGUGUGAAAAUGUGAUUUAUAAUGUUUAAAACUGUUCCACGCACAAAUAUGUGAUUCACCCACAUUAUUGAACCCCACGGAAUCCUACCCUUCUUGUCCGUAUUCCUAUCCCGACCUCGUCUGUACCAUUAUUACCCAGUCUGGGUUCGAGGAGAUGCAGUUCUGCUCUUACUUAACGAGGAAUUUUGUUGUCAGAGGCUAAAAGGAGGUUGUCGUAAUUGACUUUAAGCAGCAAACAGUAAAACACUGAGCUCUUCAGCUCCACCUUUCUUGCCCUGAGAAUUGGGAAACCAAGAAGGUUUUGAUGUUUUGUGUGGCGCCAGCUGAAUCAGAGGCCAGGAUGAACGUAACCAAAGGGGGUCUGGUGUUGUUUUCGGCAAAUUCUAAUUCUUCGUGUAUGGAGCUUUCAAAGACAAUCGCUGAGCGGCUGGGGGUGGAGAUGGGCAAAGUGCAAGUUUACCAGGAGCCUGACAGAGAAACAAGAGUACAAAUUCAAGAGUCUGUGAGGGGGAAAGAUGUUUUCAUCAUCCAAACUGUUUCAAAGGAUGUGAACACCACCAUCAUGGAGCUCCUUAUCAUGGUGUACGCGUGUAAGACCUCCUGUGCCAAAAGCAUCAUCGGCGUGGUCCCCUACUUUCCUUACAGCAAACAGUGCAAGAUGAGAAAGAGAGGCUCCAUUGUUUCCAAACUGCUAGCUUCCAUGAUGUGCAAAGCUGGUCUGACUCAUCUUAUUACUAUGGAUUUACACCAGAAGGAAAUUCAGGGCUUCUUCAAUAUUCCUGUUGAUAAUUUAAGAGCAUCUCCCUUCUUAUUACAGUAUAUUCAAGAAGAGAUCCCGGAUUACAGAAAUGCAGUGAUCGUGGCCAAGUCUCCAGCCUCGGCUAAGAGGGCACAGUCUUUUGCUGAGCGCCUGCGACUGGGCAUCGCGGUGAUUCACGGAGAAGCGCAGGACGCCGAGUCCGACCUGGUGGACGGGCGGCAUUCCCCCCCCAUGGUCAGGAGCGCCGCCGCCAUCCACCCCAGCCUGGAGAUCCCCAUGCUGAUCCCCAAGGAGAAGCCCCCGAUCACAGUGGUCGGUGACGUGGGAGGAAGGACCGCCGUCAUUGUGGACGACAUCAUUGAUGACGUGGACAGCUUCCUCGCUGCAGCAGAGACCCUGAAGGAAAGGGGUGCGUAUAAGAUCUUCGUGAUGGCGACUCACGGCUUGUUGUCCUCCGACGCCCCUCGACUGAUCGAGGAAUCUGCCAUCGAUGAGUUACCAGGAAGAUCAAACAGAAAAGGAGUCACACAGCAAUUACGAUGGGCUAGGUUUUCAUGGCCCUGCUGCUGGUUCUCAAUGAUUCCUGAUCGUCUGUUUCAACAAUCUCAUGGUGUGGUGGUUACCAAUACAAUUCCACAUGAAAUCCAGAAGCUCCAGUGCCCCAAAAUUAAAACUGUGGAUAUAAGCAUGAUCCUUUCAGAAGCCAUCCGUCGGAUUCACAAUGGGGAGUCCAUGUCCUACCUUUUCAGAAACAUAGGUUUAGAUGACUGAGCAGCUUUCCUUUCUUAAAACUCUCAAGGGCCAAACUGGAAUAGUAAGAAUAGGCACCGUGAGGCGCAUGCCUGGCUGAUGUGUUUCACAGGGACCGUCUGUGUCUUGUUCCUUCCUUUUGUUAAUUCCUGUGAAGAUAGACCAACUUCUUAAGUCCAUUUGGGUGUUUGUGAGUUUAUGGGGGCAGUUUUUAUAAAAGAAAAACUAUAUUCUCCUCUCAAAUAAAGUAAGUUAAGACUUACUGGUUGUGUUCAGUUUACCUGUUGAAAAAAUAGCUUGGAAAAAAAAUUUUAAGCUCACAAACAACCUUUUCCCAAAGUUGCUGGAGCCCAGGUGCUUUAAAAAGUUAAUAAAGUAAAAUGAUAUACUGUAUGAUACUGCAGGUGAAAAGCCAAAAAGAUUAUGCUGUGAAGUCCAGUAAAUUACAUUUUUAGAAAUGCUUUUAUAGACACGCAUAUGGAAUAUGUGACCGUUAUUUAUUUUCUGCAACAAAAGAAGGAAUAAAAACUGUAUUUGUGU